ACUGAACAAAUAUUGAUUCAGUCAACUUAAUUUUCUGUUCACCAGUAAGUCUUCGUGAGCUGUGUCAUGGUUAGAUUCAAAUGUUCAUGUAGGGUUUUGUGAUACUUAGGCCAGCCUUCAGUGCUGGUUCUGAACGUUUUCAGCAUGAGGGAAAUUUCAAAACAAUUAACGAAGUUGAACUGUUGUGGUACAAGAAAUUAAAUUUUGGCCGGGCACGCAAAAAAAAAAUAAUUACAUUCUGCUCUUGUGUGCCCAAUUGCAAAAUGUUACACACUCAGUCAAGUGAUAACACGUGGAAUCGAAACUGCGUCAUCCAAAGCAAUAAUUUUCUUCAAUUUACACUGAAAUUAAGAACAUGGCUAGUAGCAAACAUCAAACGUUCAUCUCUCAAAGGGCUAGAGGCAACAUGUAAGGCUUGGCAACACUGCUUCUGUAAUCUCCUACCGGAGAACCCUGUUACACAAGGCGCUGAAAACAAAAAAAAUAGUAAACAGCAGUGUAAACGAAGCUUUUGAAGUGUUUAUCAACGUUUGAACGUGUUAUUUUCGGAAGUAAAGUUUAGGCUUGAAUUACAAACGGCUGGAAUGGAAAGCCUUUGGCCUCGGCCGUUUUGGCCGUAGUGGCCAAAGCGUUGUCGCUUUUCAGAUCCGCUGAUACUAAUCAGAAACACCACGCCAAGCGUCCGGGGACGCCGCUAUGCCAUAUCAAAAUAACCCAAUCCCCAAAGAGAAAAUGAUUCCAGAAUCAGGUCUCCUCCCCGUCUAUUUUCACGAACUUUUCAGGAUUUGGCCAGACCAACACAAGAGACGUCCUGAUUGGAAAAAAAUCAAAAAAGGAAAAGCAGCACGUCUGAAAGACAGAAGAAAACAGAUUAUAGGACCAGCCUCUGCAACGUUUGCUGUAGAGUAUGUGGACAUUGCAUCCAUUGGUGGACCCCCUGAGGUAGAGCUACCGUAUAAUGCCUCAUGGUUUGCUGCUUUUGCGAGUAUUCGCCAAGCAGUGUUGGAUAGGUGGAUGAAAAGAUCAGCUCAGAUCUACUUAGCUUCUUCAUCAAGUGCUCCUCCAUUAGAGGGCUGUAGCGAUGUUGACAGUGAUGUUGAAGAUGUUGCAGACAAUGGCCAAGAUGUUGCCCCAAUCCGUGUGCCUAAGGUUGUGGAUAUUGGUCUCCGAAGUAUUUUUGAAAUUAUUAAAGAGAGCCGCUCUUCCCACCCAGCUCUUUGUACAAAAUCCCUUGGUGCUAUAUUAGAUGUGUUGCAAGGCCAGCAGCCUGAUGGCUUGAAGGGAGAACCCAGUGACAUAAUUGACCCACUCUUCAGUCUACUAUUGGACUUGGCAACUUCUCAUGGCCCUGAACCUGAUGCUGCUAAUGAUGGUAGCCACCUCACAGCUGUAGCAUGUGCGUGUCUUUUAAGUCUUGUGGUGGUACGUGGAGACACUGGUAAAUUACUUAAUGCUACAGGAGCACUACUUAUGUGUCCUAGAGCAUUAGCUACUCAAAAUCUUCAGAUGCCUUUGGUAAUGACAGCCUUACAGCGAAGCGUGCAUGGGGUACUUUUGGGGAAAGUUGUUAGACCUGACUGGCUUACCCAUGGUGUUCCUAUUGCUGGUAAAAUUGAUCAGUUUUCAGUGAAGAUGAGUAAAGAGUAUCUCAAAAAACCUGGGCCAGUGAUUGCUAUGGCAAGUGAUGGUGAAUUUUUGUAUCUCCACACUACGAAAGGACUGCUUAAAGUGGGUACUGGAUAUCGAAGCUCAAUGAGAGGAAUAUUGUACCAGCAUGCACCUGACUUUUUCCCAGAUGAAAGGGGAUGGCUUGGAUAUGCCAAUGGGAAAUUGUAUUUCAAGAGAAGCAGUAAGAGAAGCCUUGAACUAUUGACUGUUGAUCGCAAUGGGCUUUAUGUGACUGACAAGAUUUUGCUAAGUCAGCGUGAGGUUGAAUCAAGUGUGUUCUUUUCGGAUGGAGAGAGCCUUGGGAUGAUAACAUCAGCCAAAGAUGAUGGAUUUGUUGUGAGGACCCUCAACCCUCUCUCCUCUCCAGUGGUGUCCAUUAGUGAGCUACCUCUCAAACUAGCUCGAAAAUGUCUAAGUGUUUAUGGAUCUGCUUCAUAUGAUGAAGACUCUAAAAAUCAUCUAUUGCAAAAUGCCUAUGAAGAAGAUGUUGCUGCCAUUACAGCUGGAAAAGAUUUUGGGCUUAUUCGAACAUUAUCUGGUAAAGUUCUGUAUUGCGGCAAGCCAGGUAGUUUAGGCAUCAAGCAGCCAGGUCCUAGAAGUGGCAAGUGGGUAGAACUACCUAUUACUAAAUCUCCCAAAAUUGUGCAUAUUGCUGUUGGCCAUGAUGGUCUUCAUGCUGUAUUGGUAGCUGAAGAUGGAAGCGCAUAUUUUACUGGAACUGCUCGUCGUGGAGAGGAUGGUGACCAAAGUAAAGCUCGUCGUCAGCCAAAGGCUGUAAAACCUAAGAAGAUGACAAAAGUUGAUGGUCAACAUAUACUAUAUGCCGCAUGUAACAAUGGCACAACAGCUCUCAUCACAAAGGAAGGAGAAUUACUCAUGUUUGGAAAAGAUACAUCCCACUGUGAUCCUGUCACAGGGCAUGUGACUGAACUGAAAGACAUUCCAAUAGUUCAAGUAGCGUUAGGCAAGGCUCAUGCGGUUGUUCUAAGUAGCAAAGGGCAUGUUUAUACAUUUGGCAUCAAUAAUAAGGGGCAGUGUGGAAGAGAUUUUUCACAUGGGAAAGAAGCCCUUGCUCAGGCUGUUGUAGCAAUGGAGACAACUGGCUCUGAGGAUGGUGAUGAUGAUGACCUUGAUUGGGAAGACAUAAUGUGUGCUCCAGGAAAGCACAAAUGGCGACAGGAGAAUUGCAUGGUUUGCACUGUGUGCAGGGAGUGUACUGGAUAUAGUAUUAGCUGCCUCAGCAGCAUGCGCCCUGAUCGUAACCCUGGCCAAGAGUGUGGUUGUGGUGAGGGGGAUUCUGGUUGUGAGGAGUGUGGGUGCUGCCGUAUUUGUGCCAGGGAGAAUAUGGACAGCAAUGAGCUUGCUAUUCUGGGCCCAUCUGGUGCUGGAGACAUAGCAGGAAUGAUGCGUUUGGAUCUCAUAUUUAGAGGAUGCCAUGGCAAGCGACUCCAGGACCAUUUGCACCAGCGCCUCGAGGAACGCAAACAAAGGCAGCUGCGCAAGGCUGCUGGGCUGAAGCACACUGUGCCAAAGUUGAAGGUGGUCGCUGGCUCCGCUCACGGCUCUACUCACGGCUCUGCCCACAGCUCAGCUCAUAGCUCAGCGCACGGCUCAGCCCAUAGCUCAGCCCAUGGCUCAGCCCAUGGCUCAGCCCAUGGCUCAGCCCAUGGCUCUGCUCACAACUCUGCCCACAACUCGGCCCCAAGCACUUCCCACAGCUCUGUCAAUAACUCUUCUGGCGCCGCUGCUGUAGUCCCCGCCGCGGCCAGCAGCAGCCGCGUCAUGCACGGCCCCAUCAAGGCCCCCAGCUCGCCCUUCAGGGCGUCCCCGCUGGUCGCCCAGGGGCAGCAGGGCCGGGCCGCGGAGGACGGCGCGGCCGGGGCCGAGGGCGAGCGAGACGCCUCGCGCGCCACCUCGCUGCCGCCGACGCGCCUGUACCUGCCCACAGAGAGCCCCGUGAUCCAGAUCGCCUGCGGGCUGCACCACUCCGCUGUCCUCACGCAGAGCGGGGACGUGUUCACCUUCGGGGACAACCUCUACGGCCAGCUGGGCGUGGGGGACCCUGUGGCCAGGAGCGUGCCGGGCAUGGUGCGGCUGCCCUUCCACGCCGUGCACAUCGCCUGCGGCAGCUACCACACCGUGGUGCUCACCGUCCGCGGGGAGGUCAUCUCCUUCGGUAACCACUCCAAGGGACAGCUGGGGCGCGUCGCGCCGCUCGCGGCCCCGGCGCCCAAGAAGGAGGCGGGGAAGUCCCGGCCCGACUGGGCCUGGUACGCCACCCCGGAGAAGAUGCCGCACAUUGGGCCUCGGCACGGGCGCAGGGCCACGUGGGUGGGGGCCUCGGGAGACCAGACGUUCCUGCGCAUCGACGAGAGCCUCAUCAACUCGUCCAACCUGGCGCAGUCCACGGUCAUGGCCAACAAGGGCAGUAUCAUCCUGGCCCCGUCCCAGGUGGACGCUGUCACGACAUUCCGCUGCCUCGUCAUCAAUCGGCGUGACGGGAACUGCAACAGCUUUACUGGCCCCGACCAGGUGGACUUCUCGAGCUGUGUGUCCUGCCUGGAUCCCUUGUUCAAUGUUGUAUGGUGUUAUCAGCCCCUGACUGCCACGCUGACUUGCUAUAAUGUAGUGGCAAGUGAGACGCGCGUGGCGGAACCUCCCAUCCUGAGUUCAGAACUUGCCCUUCCUGUGGUGGCCAAUUGUUUUGUUACCAGAUCACAAGCUGCGUUGAACCUCUUGUGCUGCUUGGACACAUUGACCAAGGCUCAUGACCUUAACAUGUCCAUAUGUGAAGAUUCAAUUGACAAGACAACUCAGCAAACCAAGGUAUACAGUCGUGAGGAUUUCUCUGCUGUCAGCAGAUUUGAAAGCCAUGGAGGUGGCUGGGGCUACUCUGCGCACUCGAUUGAAGCUAUUCGAUUUAUGGCUGACACUGACAUUCUCUUGGGCGGCUUUGGGCUCUUUGGUGGCCGAGGAGAAUAUACUGGGAAGAUAAAAUUAUUUGAUAUUGGUGUGGAAGGUGGUGAACAAGAGACUGAUGGGGAGUUACUUGCAGAAACUGAAGAGAUUCCCUAUGAAUGUGGCCCCCGUCAGAAGUAUCCAAUGCUAUUUGAUGAACCUGUACCAUUACAAGCAAAUCGCUGGUAUGUGGCUUGGGCUCGCAUAAGUGGUCCAUCUAGUGAUUGUGGUUCCAGUGGGCAGGGUAUGGUGACAACAGAGGAUCAAGUUAUCUUCUACUUCAAAUCUUCAAAGAAGUCAAACAAUGGCACUGAUAACAAUGCUGGCCAAAUACCCCAAAUUUUGUACAGGGUUGUGACACCUGAAAACCAUACUCCGAACCGACAAGUAGACCAAGCAGAACCAGUAUAUAUCCUGAGUCGAGAUUUCUCUCGAGCUGUAAGUAAGGAAUGCUUUGAAUCACUCUUAGCAUUGUUAAGCUGGAGCUGGAACACUCUGAAAGUGAAUCUUAUGGACAUAUCUGGAAUGGCAUCAGGGUCAACUGUUGCAUCUGCUGCAAUGAUUGAUCUGAGACGGUUGAUGUACAUUAGCCGCAGCAGCUUGCGUCUUAUCUGCUCUUAUGUCAAUGAAAUUUACCCAAACCAGGUUGCUACAAAAAAGCCAACUCCUGAAUCUGUGAUAUUGGCAGAAUGUAUUGGUGAUGUUAGAGCUCUGCUUCGUCAAAUCUUGUCUGAUUCAAUGCCCAACAUUGCAAUCUUGAAGACUUCCAAGUCACGUAUUCCGCAUUCUGUGCGCACUCUACCUUACUCCUCCAUGAUAACAAGUAUAUUGGAAGAAUGUCACCAGACCUUUGUGUCUUGUUUCCAUGCAUUUUAUCCAACAGCAUUUUUGAAAUGGACUUGCCUGUGUGACUUACUGGCUGCUUUUGAUCGACGUGUACCUGAUGAAACAAGCAGUGACAGACUCCUCAGUGCCGUUCUGCAUUCAUUAUGUAGCCCAACGAUCCGCUUGCGCUCUACAUUUCCCAUACUCAGCUCUUUUUUGGAUGCAGCAGAUUCCUCUCUCAAGCGCCAGCUUAGUCCAUCUGACAAUACUGGACUACCUAUGAUGCCGUGUGUUGACAGUCAUCACUAUCCUAUUCUUGUUGAGCAAAUGAGCUACCGCAGUCAGCUUGAAAGCUGUGAUUCAACAAUCACUUGGGCUUAUCGAGAUGUGUUGGAACGUCUUUUGGACAUGGUCAGCGUUCCCGUGCGUCAAGAAUUAUGCCAGGAGAAGGUGUCAUACUCUACACCACUUGUCAUAAAUUGUUGCAACCUGCUUGCACGGGUCAUAGCUGAGUUGAGUUUCCAGUCUAGUGGAGGUGAUGAAGAUUUGGAGGGGACAUGUGGACGUGUCCUGCAUACAACUCCCUCUAGAUUUACUAGGACAAAUCAGAGUCGUACAUGGAAUACAGGCAAUGGAUCCCCAGAUGCUAUAUGCUUUUCAGUGGAUAGAUCAGGAGUUGUGAUAGCUGGUGUCACUGUUUAUGGAGGAAUGGGAAGUUAUGAGUAUGAGUUGGAACUACUGGAUGAUGUGAGCUCUCAGAACAAUUCUGGUAGUGAUCCAUCCCACACUCAGCGCUGGAAUAGCCUAGAGCUAACUCGAGGAACUUUUGGCCCUGAUGACUGCAUAGGGGAUAUAGCUGAGUUGAAAUUUGACAAACCAGUAACCAUUAAGGAGGGAGUGAAAUAUGCAGUACGCUUGCGCAAUCAUGGAGGCAGAACUAGCAAUGGAGAUGGUGGCCUCAGCACAGUUAAAGGUCCUGAUGGAGCAACUUUUACAUUCUCUACUUGCUCUUUGAGUUUCAAUGGCACUACACAGACACGGGGGCAGAUUCCUCAGAUAUUGUACUACAGCAAUCCACAAGACUCAGAAAAUCAACAAUCCAGCAAGGCACUUCUUGAGCUCCAAGCCCGGAAAGCUACUUUAUCAAUGAUUUCUGCCAUUGUUCAGCGGGUCUCAGACCUUUUGUCUCUAGCCAGGGAAAAGGCAGAAGACAUGUUAGGAACCAAUAUUCUUAGUAAAGCUCCUAUUAUUACAAUUCUAGUGCCCCUUGCUCUUGCAGACAUAAGUUACCUUGCAUUCACUGAUCCAAGGAGUGCAGUUCAGGUUCUGGGACUGGUCCAAGAGUUACUACCCCACAUAUCUGCUUUGAUUCUCCUGCAUAAUAGCACUCAUCAACAGACCGCUGCUACUAAUCCGGAUUUAGCCAAUAUUACAACCUCUCAGUUCUAUGCCUGGGUAGAAAGCGAGCAUCCAUACAAACCAGCCACAGUCUCAAACUACCGAGUUCAGUUUCCUGAGCACAUCAAGUGGAUUGCAGUAGAAUUUGAUCCUCAGUGUGGCACUGCUCAAGCAGAGGAUACCCUCCAGCUAUAUAUUCCAAAUGUUGAAGCUUUAUCUCGCAUGCCUAAGCGCAAAGAACGUGAUCGGAGCAAUGUCCGGGACUUUGAAAGAGCACCGACAGAAGCUGAAGGAGGCCAAGCAGCUGAAUAUGAACCAGCCACUCCAGAAGCACCAAAGUCCCCUUAUGACCAAGAUCCAAAUCUUAUGUUCUUUCCUCAUUGGCCAGUGUUCCAUAGAUUUAGUGGAAGCCCUGGAAAUUGGCCCCAAGCAGCUAUUGUCCUCCCAGGCAAUGAGGUCAUCUUUUCUUUGGAAACAGCCUCUGAUUACAUCAAGGAUGAUAAGGCUUGCUUUUAUGGCUUCCGUUGUCUUGUGAUUGGCUAUGAAUGGCCUCCAUCCCUCAACAACGGCUUACGCCACCUUGAGGCAGAACUUGCGUAUAUAGCAGGCAUGUGCGCUGCAUCCCUUAUGAAGAAAGACCUUUCACUUCCAGCUCUCCCUGAUGAGAUGGAUGAUGACCUUGAACUGGUCGAAGAGCAGGCUCAUCAGGUGUAUGCAGCUCAUUCUACUCUGCUGGGCAAAGGUUUUGCCCUCGCCAGCCCACCUACAAUCAACCAGGCUCUCGACGGUGUUCUUCCAUUCAGGUAAGGCUCAUCAACUCUGCAUUCCUGUCAUGAGAGCUCGUGUCUUCAUCUUUGCAACAACCGUAAGCACUACAGACCAUACCUGAUUUUCGGGCUUUUGGAACUUCUCUCUUUCUUGGUACAACAAUUUAUGGUGCUUGCCUUGUCCUUCUCUUUCCCUCAACUUUCAGUGACCAUCACAAAUGCUUUGUUGUGUUGUACAUACUCGGCUAUGUAGAUUCGGAUUGGGUGUGGAAAGUGGUUAAACUUCUCUUCUUUCGAUAUAGCCACAUGCAAAUUUGCAUUGCUUUGCGUACUGCGGAAAUGGGAUUGAGGAAAAAGGAGAGGAAGUGGUAAAAUUCUUUCAUAGCUUUUUCUUAAUUCGAAGUUGCAUUGAUGAGAGCCCAGUAAAUAACAUUCCCAAACUGAUUCAUGGCAUGUCUUUAUUGUGUUCAGUUCUUUAUAAAAUGUACAAACUUAACAGAAUGUUUAAGGUCUACAGAAUAAUACGCAUGUAUUGUACAAUGGUACGUGGUAAACAUACAUGAAUUAAUACUGAUCUUGCCAUAGUAGACAUGCGGAAUUUAGG